AUGUCUAGGCUAUUUGCUGGCAAGUAUAAACCAAUAUGCAAUGAAAUAAGUCUCUUGAACUCCAGCAGGGCUCGACUCAAAUGGAUCCCGCUAGUGAUGGAAAAUGAAGAGGUACCCAGUUUUAGAGUUUUCUACUUUCAUGAUGGCGCCCUCUCAAUGACACCCACCUCUGAAAACGUAUUGGAAAUUCCUGUCAAUGAGAACGACACUAUGAUCAGAGCAGUUGUGAGAAAUGUUGCCGAAUCUGACGUUUGGACAGGUGAAUACAAAGAGGAUCCGAAUGAAUGCAAAUUCAACUCGAAACGAACUGACACUUUUCGACAUCAGCUCUCUGAUCCAGACAAGGAGGGUAAAUAUUUUUCUUGA